UGUUACAGUUCGUCGUAUAUGCGACUGUUAUUGUUAGUGAUUAUUAUAUCCAUGCACUUGUGCUAUCUUGUACUGUAAACAUCAGCUCUUUAAUUAAUGAAUUGACGACGAAUUUCAUCACAUGAAGUAUCUAGCAAAAUGGUGAAAACAAACGAUAAGAUUAACGUUGCGAAAAUAGUGGAUAACGAUUGCAAGAUCCAUAUGGAGGAAUCAGAAAAGUUGCUGGAACCUGAGAAAUCGUGGGAUUCACAAAUAUGCAUUGAAUUCAACGAUCUUUGUUAUUCGGUUCAUUGCAACCGUAAAGGGACUGAGAAAACGAUCUUACAUAAUGUAACGGGAUACUUCGAACGGAGAAAGGUCACGGUGAUAAUCGGUCCUUCUGGUGCGGGAAAGACCACUCUGCUGAAAAUCAUAUCGGGUAAACGACUGACCGACAUUAAGGGCAUUAUCACCAUAAACGGUGUUGAACGGAAUAAAGGGACAUUCCGAAAGCAGGUGUGCUAUGUGCCGCAACAAUUGGAUCUAUUACCGUUCCUCACAACUAGAGAAACUCUAUGUAUAGCGGCUCAACUGAAACUUGACGUUAAUCAGAACAAAGAAGCGAUUUGUUCAGUUGUAAACGAUAUAGCAGAAACUCUCAGUUUGUCAAAUUGUCUAGACACAUUAGCGAACAAAUUAAGUGGUGGCGAACAGAAGAGACUCUCUAUCGGCGUGGAAAUAAUCGCUAAACCAUCUAUUCUCUUAUUGGACGAACCAACAAGCGGUCUCGACAGUGCAGCCUCUUAUCAGCUCGUUAACACGCUGCAUAAUAUGUCGAGAGCAAAUUGCACUGUGAUUUGUGCAAUACAUCAACCCAGCAGCCAAAUAAUUUCGCUCUUUGACGACAUUAUGGUACUGAGUCAAGGCAGAAGUAUGUACUGCGGUCCAAAGAGCGAGAUUUUAAAGACGUACAGCAUUGCCGGGUUCACGUGUCCCAGCUUCUACAACAUAGCCGAAUUUGUGCUUGAGGUAAUAACCAAGCAAAGGGAUGGAGACAUGGAGAAUCUAUACAAAAUUUGUCGUGAUGAAUGCGAAAAAUUUAAAUUACAUAGACAUAAUAAAAAUGAAUUGAAUUCAUCAAUUGAUCCCAAGCAAAAAUGUGAAACAAAUGACACAAGUACACUAAUAAACAACGUAAUACAAGAAAAGUCGACAUGGCAACAGCAAAAAAUUUUAUUUUUACGAGCUCUAAUCUACAUAAAGCGAGAUACAGUCAUGACAAAAGUAAGACUUGCGACGCACAUCGGCGUCGCGCUGAUAUUAGGGACAGUUUUCUAUAAUUUCGGUAACGAUGCGGAAAAAGUGAAUAGCAACGUCGCUUGCUUGUUUUUCUUUCUGUUAUUUUUAUUCUUUGUGAAUGCCGAACGGACAGUGCAAACGUUUCCCAUAGAAGCGGCAGUAUUUUUAAAGGAACAUUUAAAUAAUUGGUAUUCUUUGAGAUCCUAUUAUAGCGUAAAAAUAAUAACGGAUCUUCUGAUGCAAAUACUUUGUACAUCAAUAUUCAUAUUUAUAUCAUACUAUAUGACAGGACAGCCAAUGGAAUAUGAUAGAAUUCUACAAACGUGGAGCAUUUGUCUGUUUAUUACGAUGCUUGGACAAACGGUCGGGAUAAUUGCAGGCACAGCGUUUGGUACUGAGUUAGGUAUGUUCCUAAUAUCGGCAGUUCAUAUACCAUUAUUGCUUUUUGCUGGAUUUUUCACGAAAAUAGGAGAAAUGUCGCCGUACCUGCAGCCUUUAAGUGUUAUAAGUUAUUUCAGAUAUGCAUUUGAAGGGAUAAUGCAGGCGGUCUAUGUUGACCGACCGAAUCUGACGUGCUUGGAAAUUUACUGUCACUUACGUUCACCAAGCAAGAUUCUUUCAAUGAUGGACAUGCCAACAGUACCAUUUUAUGCAAUUCUGAUAAUACUUGGUUCUUGGAUAAUCUGUUUACACGCGGUCCACUAUGCAAUACUUCAAUGGAAAAUUUAUUAUGCAAAAAAGUGACGAGUGAAAUUAAUAUUCACCUCAAACUAUAUAUUCUCAAAAAAUGUUCUUAAGAUACCUCAAAUAAAAAAAUUACCCAUUGAGCAAAUUCUGUCUGCAAUAUGCAAAAUCUCAAGAGAAAUAAUGGGAUUAAGAAUAUAAACAGUUUUAUAAAUUGUUUAGACCUAAAUAUCUAACACUCAAUAAUAACGUAAAAUGUGUGAAUUUUAUAAUUUCUAGUUUGAGCAAACUACGCACUAGUAACUGAUUAUAAUGAUAAGAAUUUGCGUUUUUUUUUAAAUAAAUUAGACUUGAUAUGUGAUGAUUAAAUUACAGUAGUGAAAGUUUUGUGUGUUUAAGGCUCGAUUGCACCAACGUUACUUUGACUUUAAGCAAGGCUGAAAACUCUCACUUUCUCUCUUUAAAGCCGAGAUAUAGGAAAAGAUAGCGUUUUAAGUCUCAUUUAAGGUCAAAGCAAGUUGGAGCCUAAGAUCGCUUUCGAGGUAUUUACUAUUAGUGGUACUAUUAGUGCUAUUUGUGUCAUUCUGUCCUUGUUUUACAUCUAAUGAAUGAUAAAGACAGAAUGACACAGAUAGUGCUAAUAAUACGUGCCUUAGCAGAAAAAGCUGAUUUAUAAUCUUAAGACAGUGUCUUAUGAUUUUUAAGUCUUAUGUCUUUAGUAACGCACAAGAAUUAUCUUAUGGCUUAUGUUUUAAAG